GGAGGAUGACGUCAAAAGAAGGCGCCGAAUGAAGUGUGUGACAGGCUUGACUGGCUGCUGAAAGGUCGCUUAGUUUCUGGGAUGGGGAGAGCCGCAGGGGUCCUGCUCGGGGGGCUCUGCUCAGGCAUUAAGAGGCUCCCCAGGGUCCAAGCAGGUGCCGGCUUGCAAUACUGUUUACAAGUGAACCGCACACCAGUCAGACAAUGCAGCUUUGGGAAUUCCACUAACGACGAUGAUGAAAGAGCAUUGUUGGAUCGGAUAAUAAGGGUAGAUCAUGCGGGAGAGUAUGGAGCUAAUCGUAUCUACGCUGGACAAAUGGCUGUCCUGGGCAGAUCAAGUGCAGGACCCAUUAUUCAGCAUAUGUGGGAUCAGGAAAAAGAUCAUUUGAAAAAGUUCAAUGAAUUAAUGGUUGCACAUAGAGUUCGACCCACAGUAUUGCUGCCAUUUUGGAACGUAGCUGGGUUCGCAUUAGGUGCUGCUACUGCCCUGCUAGGAAAGAAGGGGGCAAUGGCGUGUACGGUUGCUGUGGAAGCAACAAUAUCCGACCAUUAUAACAACCAAAUUAGAACUCUGAUGGAGAGGGACCCUGAAAAAUACAGAUCAUUACUUGAGACUAUAAAGAAAUUUCGAGAUGAGGAAAUGGAGCAUCACGAUACAGGGCUAGAACAGGAUGCAGAGCAGGCACCAGCCUACUUCAUCCUGAAGAACCUCAUACAAGUGGGAUGUCGAACAGCGGUAUAUUUAUCAGAACGUCUGUGACAAAAUCUUACCCGGCUGCAAAGUUUCCUUCAAACAGAUGGACUUGGCUUACUCGCUGCAAGAUUGAAAGCUUUGGUCAAGAAUAUUGUCAUUGCAGUUCUUCAGAUGCACAUUAGGUGGCAGUAUAAUCUGCACAUAAAUUCAGAACUGCUUUUCUUUGUCUGACCUGCAUUAAUGUAAUGACUGAGCUUUGCAACAGGUACAUCGACUUGCCCUAAUGUUGUGUGUGUGCAUUUAGUGUACAACAUUAUUGGAGCUGUAUUAUCUUAAAAUCUCACCAGUCAUUUAAGACUCUUAAAAUUCCUGUUAAAAUCAAUGAGUACUGCUGUUGUUUGUGAAAUCAUGAACAGUUAUUGUGCCUCUGUUUUACUUGAUGUGAAAUAUUGUAAACAGGAUUCAAAUUGUUGGUUUUCAUAGCAGCUAUUUUUAUGUUAUUGGAUCUGAAUAU